AUGUCGCUCCCCUCCUUCCCCGGCGCACCGACGCCGAGCUCGCCCUCGGUCCCGGGUCCAGGACGAGGCGGGGCUGGAGAUCACCUGCCAGGCGCUCUAUUGGCCGUAUGCGGGGCAUGUACUUUGGUCGCAACGGUGCUGAGUAUCUGGUCAAUCGUCCUGCAACUCAAGAAUUACCGCAUGCCAGCACUGCAACGCUGCGUCGUACGCAUCAUGGUCAUGGUACCGCUGUAUGCGUUGUCAUCGCUUAUCGCGCUGUACUCGCUCAACGCGGCUUUCUUCAUCGACGCAAUCCGAGACCUCUACGAGGGAUUCGUCAUCUACACCUUCCUCCAGCUACUCAUCACCUACCUCGGCGGAGAGCGUGACCUCCUUCUCCGACUUAAUGGCCGCCCACCAAUUCCCCAUACCUUUCCUCUCAACCUCUUCUUCGCACCCAUGGACCCAAGUGACCCAUGGACUCUUCUCAACCUCAAACGCGGCGUCCUUCAAUAUGUCCAGAUCAAACCGCUCCUCGUCAUCGCCACUGCCGUGUGCAAGUGGACCGGAACAUGGAAGGAGGGCGAGUUCACCCUCACUUCGGGGUACACCUACGUCACAAUCGUGUACAACAUCAGUAUCUGUCUCAGUCUCUACUGCCUAGCCAUGUUCUGGGUCGCCGUCAGCAAGGACCUCAAGCCGUUUCGGCCUGUCCCAAAGUUCCUCUGCGUCAAGGGCAUCCUGUUCUUCUCGUUCUGGCAGGGUGUCUUCGUCGGGUUCCUCGUGUCUGCGGGUUUCAUCAAGUCUGUCGGCCCAUAUACCGAUCCCGAACACAUGGUCCUCGCCCUCGUCGACUCGAUGAUCUGCAUCGAGAUGCCGUUCUUCGCCAUCGCACACCAAUACGCCUUCCGCGCUAGCGACUACAUCGACAGUUCGGUCAUACAUGUCGCCCGCCUUCCCUUUAUCUACGCCGCGCGCGACGCCUUUGGCGUCAAGGACGUCUGGGAAGACAUCAAAGACACGUUCCGUGCACGGGGCGUGUCGUACAAGGCGUACGAGGCGGCCGACGGAGGAGUUCACUAUGGCGUGGGAAGGCAGAAGCGCAUCCGCGCCGGUCUCCGCUACUCACGAGGAGGCAAGGACAAGUACUGGCUCAACAACCCGAACGGCGAAGGCGAGCGCUCAUCGCUUCUUCCCAAGACCAACAGCGACAUGCCAUACCGGGCAGACGACAAUAGCGACUCUGACAUGAGUGACGCGCCGAGCCUCGACUUCAGCGACAUGAGCGACGGCGAGGAGCAGCUGUACGAGCGCGCUCGCCGUGUGGGCUAUUCGGGCUUUCCCAACAUCGACAUCAGCCGAGAACAGGCUCGGCGCAUCAGGCGGCACGAGGAGAACGGGAUCCUCGCCGGCCGGCGACUCCGACUAUCCUCGGACGCGCGCCAACGCGCCGGGGUUCCUGCUUCUCCACACCCUGGCCCGUCUGGCGGGCAACGGCGGAGCGCCAAGAACCGCCAAGCCGACAAGGGUAAGGGCAAGGGCCGCGCAGUGUACGGCCAGUGGGGAGAGCACGCCCGCUCGAGGCCUGCACCAGUCGUCGCCGAGGUGGACGACGCACAUUUCGACGGCGAGAUCGAGAACCCCGGCGCAUGGCGUGCCGACAGCGAGGGCGUAGGGUUAGGCUGGACGCAUAAGCCCAAGCUACCACCAGUUGUCACGGUCCCUGAGCCGCAACCCAAGAUGGACGAGGUUGUCUCACCCGCGUCGCGCGAGGCGGUUGCAGCGCGAUCCGAUGCUGUCGAUCUCGUGAGCGCCGCCCAACUCGAGACGCCAGAGACACGGACCCGCAGUUUGUCAGCCGCAGCUAUGGUGCCCGAAGUCAAACCUGUCAAGUUGAUCCAGUCGCCGCAUGAGGAGGAGCCCUCGCCGAUGGCCACCGGGAUGGAGGCGCGCUCUCCGCCCAAGGCAGUUCCGCCGCGUGAAACCUCGUCGGCGCCGCCUGUAAUCGAGCCGACGCUGCCGACGCCAUGGCGGGGAUAUGGCUCGCCGCCGCGGUCGCCCGACGCAUGGGAGCAACCAGAGCCAGCUAAUCCAGUUCGCGCGGGGCCGCCUAGAGCAGAGCCCAGGCCCGCCGCCCCUCCUUCCUCCGACUCGACCGUGUCUUCCACAUCCUUCCGCGUUCCUUCCUAUGGGCGAUGGGAGCCAGACGACAACCCGUGGGCGUAG